AAGAUAAAGCCUAGAAGAAAAUGCAAGUGAAAAACUCGUGGCCAAUAUCUACUGAUUCUUCUACCAUUCUCGAGGACGAAAUCAUGUAUUGAUGCUUCACUGUUUUGUAUGAUCCGUGAUGCUAAAUGAUUCUCUUGUAAUCUCCAUUUGUUGGAAAGUAUCACUCAAAAGAAAGUGUAAAGAAGAGAAUAAAUAGCAAACUAAUGUCGAUGUUGGUUGCUUAAAGCGUUGAUGUGAUUUGAAGAAUUUAAUUCUGCUUUCUACCCAAUUAUUCCAGAGUCCAUUUAUUUAGAGCAAUAUCUCUGCACAUAAGCUUGUAGUACUGUCUGAUAGAGGAAAUUGGUUAGCAAAGAGAGUGAUAAGAAAGGUGUUACUCUACUUCUUUCAAGAGUGCUGGAUUCAAUGGCUGGUUUGAAGAGCUGUGAUGAAUGGAAACCUUUCAUAGCAAUGAUAACAAUUGAUUUUGCUUUUUCCAUUGUGAAUAUUCUUCUCAAGAAAGUCCUUGAUGAGGGGAUUAACCGUUUGGUCCUUAUCACAUACCGGCUUUCGAUUUCUGCUAUUUUCUUGGGUCCUAUCGGCUACUUCCGGGAAAGAUAUUAAAGCAACAGAUCUUACAAAUCAAGCUCGCUUGCUUGCUUGCAGGGGUAGCAGACCGCCGCUCACAUUUCGCAUCUUAUGUUACCUGUUCCUCAGUGCGAUUGUUGGGGCAUCACUGACACAAUACUUCUUCCUUAUCGGCAUUCAAUAUACAUCUGCUACAUUUUCAUGUGCCUUCAUCAACAUGGUUCCUGUCGUUACGUUUAUAAUGGCACUGCCAUUCAAAAUGGAGACUGUUCAUAUAAAAUCCAAUAGCGGAAAAGCCAAAGUACUCGGUACCCUGGUGUGUGUUGCUGGUGCCAUGCUGUUGACUCUCAUCCGAGGAGCACCAUUAUUUAACAAUUCACCUGGUCAAGCUGUAACUCGAGCCAUGGAUCAUAGCCUAAAGCUGAGCCAAACUAAAAGGGCCGGAAGAUGGACCUUUGGUUGUAUUACUUUGCUUGUUGGAACGCUGUUGUGGUCUGGUUGGUUUGUGCUUCAAUCACAUAUUGGAAGGAGAUACCCCUGCCAAUGUUCUAGCACUGCCAUUAUGUCCUUCUUUGGUGCCAUUCAGUCAGCUAUUUUAUGCUUGUCCACUGAAAGGAGCCUCUCCAUAUGGGUUCUGAAGGGGAAAAUAGAAAUUAUAACUGUCCUGUAUGCUGGAAUCAUAGGAUCAGGCUUGUGCUAUGUGGGCAUGUCAUGGUGUGUUAAGAAAAGGGGUCCAGUCUUUACAGCAGCAUUCAGUCCCCUAGUUCAGAUAAUGGCAGCCAUGCUUGAUGUCCCUAUCCUCCAUGAGGAACUCUAUCUUGGCAGUUUGCUGGGAUCCAUCUUUGUGAUAAUUGGCUUGUACAUUCUUCUUUGGGGUAAGAACAAAGAAAUGCAGAAUCACGCAACAAGAGUAGCUCAAGAAGCUGAAGAGAUAAAGGAACAAGAUCCCCCCUUACAGGUUGUCAGUACUGUCUCUUGUGAUUCAAGGUGUCCUUGAGGCCAAGUUAAAUGAUCUUUCCUCUUUCCAAGAAAAUCCAUGUUUGGUACUAAUUGUACUUUCCUUUAAAUUCCACUAACAUUCGAAUAAAUCUCGAAGAAAAUAUUUUCAGCUUCUCUUUCUGAAAGAAAAAGAAAAAUGAAAGGAGAAAAGAAUCGGAUAGGAAGUACUCCUUGUUAUGGAGGCAAAGGUUGUAUGCAAGUCUGUUCUUCGGUGGAGCUCUAUGAUCAAAUAUACAAACGUUUUUGAAGCAUUAAGCCGAAAAUUUGGAUA